AUGUCUCAGCCCAUCGAGAACUUGUCUUCGACGGCGGAGCCUGACCAGCAGGUCGUCAAGUACAAACGCACCAUUAGGCGCCGCAUCACCCGGGAUCUGAAGAAGUUCUUCAAAUCACCACAGCCACGAGCGUCUGCCUACUCUCCUGCCGAGAGCGAAAGCCAAAGUACGGAUUGGAACUCCCCCGACUUCCAUUUCAAGAAGCUUGAGUCAAUGUAUGCCAAGGUGGUAGCCCUGCUAGGCAAGAGAAAGUGGGAGCCGUCGCAGUUCAACAAAGAUGACGCCGAUGAAAGCUCCGGCGGCAGGGAAAACAACCCCAAAGGCCAGUCUGGCGACAAUGACAACCACAAGAGGCCUCCAGAGUCCUUCUUUGCUUGCCCCUUCUACAAGCUCAACCAUAGAAAAUUCUCUGAGUGCGGCACGUGCAAGCUGAGGGAUCUCAGAUGCGUCAAGCAACACAUCAAACGCAAACACCUCGCUGGGGACGAUUGUAAAAAGUGCGGGACUCGAUGGAAAGACAAGAAACAAUGGGACGACCACAUCCGAGCCGGAGACUGCCAGCCUCGCACUCCUCCCUUGAGCCCCUGGGUUGAUGGAUUUCUUCUCGAGGCAGAGUUGGGGGUCAUCAAAGGGUGGGGGCCAAAGGGGGACGAAUGGCAGAAAUGGAACUGGAUGUACAAGAAGCUCUUCCCUUGGAGCAAGAUGCCCCAAUCGCCGUAUGUUAGGCACGGGGCGGUUGGCGUCUUGGAAACGGUCAGCCCGCGGCUCGAGCGAGCGCUGCAAGAACGGUUUAAGGCUGUGGAGUGCCAGUGCGCGGGAAAGGAUUCCGGGACCAUGUCGAAGGUUGCUAUGGAUGCUUUUUAUACCGAGGUGAAGCGUGACGGAGAUGAAGGGGGUGAACCUUCCGAGAGCUCCGAGAGCUCCGAGAGCUCCGAGAGCUCUGACGGCUCCGACACCUCCGACACCUCGUCCUUGGCUAUAGCCGACCGUCCGAUGUUCCCCCCGGCCCCGCAACUACCGGUGAUGGCCCCACUUGGGACGGAGCCGGCCGUCUACGAUGCCGGCGAGCCCUCCACUGUCAAUGGAUCCCUCGUCCCGGAGCAAGACCAAAUCCCUGACUUCAACAAUGACGACGUCUCGGCGUUCGGAGACCUGACGAACCAUCGGCCGGCGACAGCGCCACUUGAGGCUGGCUAUGCCCAAUACGACAAUUCUCAGUCCCAUUUCCCAGGCAUGACUCCCGGUAUCGCUGGGACUCCCCCCUUCCUUGGAUACCAGCCCCGAAACUCCUCUUGGGGCUUCGAGGGAUACCAGAACCAAACUGGUGAUCAAUCUUUUGGCAGUGGUGGUCCCCAGGGGUUCCAAGCUAGUGAGAGUGAAUAUCGGCCGCACCAACAGCAGCAACUGCAACAACUGCAAGAAGCCCAGCAGCAACAGUGGGAAUAUUUCAUGCGGGAACGCCAAUUGCUGCAGCAACAGUUGAAUUGUCUCCAGCGGGAACGCCAACUGCUGCAGCAACAGUUCCCGAUGUUGCCUACAAUGGGGAACGGAGACAUGAUCAUAGGCACACUUGAUCCCUCCCUCUUCGGUGCGCAAAACGACGCUGGUCCCCAGACAUGA